CAAUGAUUAUGCAACCAACAUUACACCAACGUGUUGUAUGUUGUAUUAUUAUUUCAAAAAUAUAACCUACAAAACAAAAAUGUAGGUGUAGGUACUUUAAAUUUAAAACAGAAUUUAAAACUUAAAUAGAAUGGGAGCAAGUAUUAAAAUAUUAACAUUUUUAAAUCAUAUGAAAUAUACAAGAAACUGUUAUAACAAACCGAAUUCUUUAAUUGGAUUCCACUCUAGCAAGCGAAAAUAUUGUAUACAUUCUGAAGAACCCAUAGAAAAUUUUGCAGAAAUUCCAAUAGAACGAAUUAGAAAUUUUAGCAUAAUAGCACAUGUAGAUCAUGGCAAAAGCACUUUGGCAGACAGAUUACUCGAACUUACUGGUACCAUAAAAGGUGGUCAACAAAAUCAAAUACUAGACAAAUUACAAGUUGAACGAGAAAGGGGGAUAACAGUAAAAGCACAAUCAGCUUCAUUGUUGUAUAAAUACAAUGGGGAUAUUUAUCUUUUAAACCUGAUUGAUACACCAGGUCAUGUAGACUUUUCUAAUGAGGUUCACAGGUCACUGUCAGUUUGUCAAGGUGUAAUUUUAUUAGUAGAUUCCAAUGAUGGGGUGCAAGCUCAAACUGUUGCAAAUUUUUACCUUGCAUUUGUGAACGAUUUGGUUAUAAUACCAGUUCUUAAUAAGAUUGAUUUGAAGAAUGCCGAUCCAGAAAGAGUCAGUAAACAACUAAAAUCACUGUUUGAAAUCAAUCCAGAUGAAAUACUUAAGAUUUCAGCAAAAUUGGGAAUUGGAAUUGAUAAUGUUUUACAAAAUAUUAUAACAAAAAUCCCAAGUCCGAAAGUGGAUAGAUCAUCAAAAUUAAGAGCUUUAUUAUUUGACUGCACAUAUGACAGAUAUAGAGGAGCUCUGAGCCUGAUUUAUAUACAAGAUGGAUGCAUUUCUUUGGGGGAUUCAAUUACCACCUUCCAUAACAAAAAGGACUAUGAAGUUAGGACACUUUCUCUCCUGCGACCAGAUGAAGUUCGUGUUAAGAAAUUAGUAGCGGGACAGAUAGGCCUUGUUGGUUGCAAUAUGAGGUCACCUAAAGAGGCUCAUAUUGGUGAUACUAUUUAUCACAGUACUUGUUUAAUAGAGCCUCUAGAGGGCUUUAAAUUGUCACAACCCAUGGUUUUUGCUGGAGUAUAUCCCAUGGAUCAAUCUCAACACAUUAAUUUAAGGAACGCUAUUGAAAAGUUAACUUUAAAUGAUUCUGCGGUUUCUGUAGAAUUGGAUACGAGUCCUGCUUUAGGUCAAGGCUGGAGGCUAGGUUUUUUGGGGCUACUGCAUCUGGAAGUUUUUACGCAGAGGUUGACUCAAGAAUAUGGCGCAGAACCGAUUAUUACGGCGCCAUCUGUAACUUAUAAAAUUAAGCUGAAACCUACAAAGCAAAACGUCAAAGAUGGAUCAGAUGUGAUGUAUGUCAACAACCCCGCAAAUUUUCCGGAACAAAUGAAAAUUGAACAAACGUUUGAACCUAUGAUUAUAGGUACUAUUGUAACGCCAGAUAAAUACCUUGGGGCAAUAAUGUCAUUGUGUAUGGAACGCAGAGGCGUACAAAGAAGCGCAAAUAAUAUAGACAAUGAAAGAGUAAUUUUACAGUAUGACUUACCACUAUGCGAAGUUGUUUUGGAUUUUCAUGAUACUUUGAAAACUAUUUCUUCAGGAUAUGCUAGCUUCGAUUAUGAAAACACUGGUUACCAAGAGAGCAGCAUGGUUAAGUUAGCGAUCUUAUUAAACGGGACUUUGGUAGAUGAACUGAGUAAUAUUGUACACGUAACCAAAGCAAAAACCAUCGGUAAACAGAUGGUAUUCAAAUUAAAAGACAUUAUUCCCAGGCAAAUGGUGCAUAUAGCAGUUCAAGCUACUGUCAAUGGUAAAGUAAUGGCCAGAGAAAAUAUAAAACCUUAUAGAAAAGACGUGACGGCAAAAUUAUACGGCGGUGAUAUUACUAGAAGAAUGAAACUUUUAGCCCAACAAGCAGCUGGCAAGAAAAAAAUGAGAAUGGUUGCCAAUAUUUCACUUCCAAGAGAAACUUUUAUAGAUGUUUUGAAGAAAUAAAUGUGUAAAUGGUGUUUGUUGAAAUAUUAAACCUGUUGGCCAACAAGCAACUAGCACAAAAAUGAUUAUAGUGGUCAUAAGAGAAAAAUAUCUACAGAUGUACAUAGAAAUAUGUACAUAAUAAUAUGAUAUAAAAUAGUGUAUAUAUUUUUUUUAAUAUAAAAUGAAAAGUU